UUGCAUGCCAAUUUUUUGCUCGCAAAAUAAAUUCUCAUUUCGUGUUGUGUGGUGUUAUCAAAUCAAAACAAUUUUUGAUCAAUUUUUUCAUUUUUUACUUUUCGUAAUCUGAUAUUGAUUUAAACGAUUAUGCAAAACGCAGGUUACGGAGGUUAUCCGGCAACUGCUGGUUAUUAUUCGAAUCCAGUAGCCGGUGGUCAGCCACCACCACAAGGUGCACCAGGCGCAGCAGCUAAUGCCAUUCCUCAAUACGGAACAGGUGCGGCAAAUCCUUACGGUAGCUCAUCGUAUCCACAACAACCGCAAGCCGUUCCACCAACUUCGGAUCAAUAUUCAUCGUACACAACAACUCAACCUACCUACGACACUAAAAGCCAACAACAAGCAUACAUGGGUUAUGCUCAAGCUGCAAAUGCUAAUGCUAUACCAUCCGGCCCGCCACCGAAUGUAGCACCAAAUUCUGUUGCACCACCACCUACUUCAGUUGGUUAUGGCGCCGCUUCUGCUGGCGUGGGUGAUGCUUAUGGUGGCGCCAAUGCCUAUUAUCAAAAUCAGCCCGGUACCGGUCCAGCUGGUCCUGGUUCGAAUCCUAAUCAAGCGCAACAACCUCCACCACCGUAUUCAACUUCGUAUGGAAAUGUACCGCAAGGUCCGAAUGCACCGAAUGCCCAAUCAGUUGGAUGGCAACCAAGUGGUCCACCGCCUCCUCCUGGACCUCAAUCCAAUUAUGGUCCUGGUCCUAAUGGAUAUGGGGGUGGUGCUUACGUUGGAAAUGGUGGUGGUAUGAAUCGUGGUAUGCCUCCUGGACCAAAUGGACCACCACCUGGACCAUCAAUGCCACCGCAAGGACAUGGAAAUUUCAGAGGUGGACCAAUGGGUGGCCGUGGUAAUCCAGGCCCUGCUGGUUAUAAAGCUGGACCUCCCCCACCCCAAUCGGCUCCUGGUAGCGGUGGUGGUUAUAUGUCGCAACCGAACGAUAUGGAAAAUGAUACUAUUUUUAUAUCCGGUAUGCCACUGGAUGUUACUGAAGAUCAAUUAUCAAGCCAUUUUGGUUCGAUUGGUAUUAUCAAGAUGGAUAGAUCACAAAAACAUAAAAUCUGGAUCUAUCGUGACAAAGUGACUGGCGAAGGAAAAGGCGAGGCUACACUAACCUAUGAAGAUCCACAUACAGCCAAAUCGGCUAUUCAAUGGUUUCAUAAUAAAGAACUACCUGGCACUGGUAAAAUAUUGAACGUAGAAUUCGCUCAACGUAAAAUACCGGCCGGUGGUGAUUACAAAGGUGGGCGCGGUGGUGGAAGAGGCGGAGGAGGAGGUGGUCCAAUGCGCGGUCGUGGUGGUGAUGGGGGAAGAGGUGGCGGCGGUGGUGGCCGUGGUCGAGAUCGAGAACGAGAUAAUGGUUUUGUUCGACAAGGUGAUUGGCGUUGUCCCGGCUGUAACAACAACAACUUUUCCUGGCGUGAUCAAUGCAAUCGAUGCAAAUCUCCCAGACCGGACGAUAUUGGAAUGCCAUCGGGACCUGGUGGUGGUGGUGGUGGUGGCGGCGGUGAUCAUCGUCGUCCACCAGGACCGCCAAUGGAUCGACGCGGUGGACCACCAAUGGGUGGACCGGGUCGGCGUGACGGACCUCCUGGAAUGGGUGGCCCGCCUGGAAUGCGUGGUCCGCAUGGUGAUCGACCACCAAUGCGCGGUGGUGGUGAUCGUCCACCGAUGCGAGGACGUGGAGGUGGUCCUCCACGUGGUGGCCGCGGUGGUGAUUACGGAAUGCGUGGUCCACCGAUGCACGAUAGAAGACCAAAGCCAUACUGAAAGAAAUUGACGCCCACAUGGAUAUCACACUUAUCGAUUUGAAAUAGCAUUCUUUCUAUAAUGAUCAAUCAAUUCAUUUUCCACAUAGAAGACAUUUUCUUUUUCCACAUUCGCUUUAAUAAAUGUACUGAUGAUAAUCAUGUUUUAUUCAUUCA